UAAACUUUUACGUUGACAUAGAUUUAGAUAUUCUUUCUUUUCGACCUCCUCUUCGUUUGCAUUAACAAGAAUCGCAAUCAUGCAAAACGACGCUGGAGAAUUCGUUGAUCUUCUGAUCCCUCGUAAAUGCUCUGCAAGUAAUCGUAUCAUUGGUGCAAAAGAUCAUGCUUCAAUCCAGAUUAACAUUGCUGAGGUUGAUGAAACAACUGGAAGAAUGACUGGUGGCUACAAGACAUAUGCAAUCUGUGGUGCCAUUAGGCGCAUGGGAGAGUCAGAUGAUUCAUUAAUACGCCUUGCCAAACGAGAUGGUAUAAUAACAAAAAAUUUCUAAAGAUGAGUGAAAAAGGCUUAAUAAAAUGUUUUAAAAGUUA